AUGCACUUCAACAUCCUUCUCACCUUGUCCACCCUGACAGCUCUGAGCAGCAAUGUCGCAGCCCAAUCCCCCCUCAGCGGCAUCAAUGGCCUCGGUGCACUUGGUGGACUAGGUGCAUCCAGCCAAACUCCAGGCCCAUCUAGUACGCCUAUCCCUACCUUUGUGACGAAGCCAGCCACCCCAAGCGCAUUCCCCUCUCGGACACCUAGAAGUCGCGCCUUCCAGAAAAGCCAUCUCAAUCACCUCAUUUAUCUAUCGUGCCCAGGUGGAAGGAACGACCCUGAGUCCUGA